GACCAUGCCACACCACCGAGGCUAUCUCCGGUUACUGGCUGCUUUCUGCCUCACCUUCCUCUUCCUCACGUUCACCGCCUCUUAUAAGCCUGUCAUCGUUGUCCAUGGCCUGUUUGACAGCCCUUCUGACUUCCAGCUCUUGCUUAAUUUCAUCAAUGAGACUCAUCCGGGAACCAACGUUUCAGUUGUGGAUUUGUUUGACCGAACUGAAAGCCUGAAAUCUCUAUGGAUGCAAGUGGAGGGGUUCAGACAAGCGAUUUACCCUAUUAUGCAGAAUGCUGUUGAUGGGGUCCACCUUUACUGCUACUCACAAGGAGGACUUAUUUGUCGUGCUCUGCUCUCUACGAUGCCCGACCACAAUGUGGACACCUUCAUCUCUCUCUCCUCCCCGCAAAUGGGGCAAUAUGGGGACACCAAGUACUUGAAGUGGCUCUUUCCACACUACAUGAAGAGCAACCUCUACCGCCUCUGCUACACACAGCUGGGUCAAGAUGUCUCCAUCUGUAACUACUGGAAUGACCCACACCACAGAGAUCUUUACCUCAACAAUAGCAAUUUCUUGGCCGUGUUGAAUGAUGAGAGACUUCACCCCAAUGCAAGUGCAUGGAAGAGAAACCUUUUGCGCAUCCGCAAGCUGAUUCUGAUCGGCGGCCCAGACGAUGGGGUCAUCAUGCCCUGGGAAUCCAGCAUGUUUGCCUUCUAUGAUGUUAAUGAGACGGUGAGGGAAAUGACAUCUCAGCCGGUCUACCUCCUCGACACGUUUGGCUUGAAGACCCUGGACGCGCGCGGCGACAUUGUUUUCUGCAAAAUGGCCAAUGUUUCUCACACGAACUGGCACGCCAACCGCACCGUGUAUGAUACCUGCAUUGCCAAAUGGCUGACGUAGCUGGCCGAGGC